AUGGAGAUUGACCGCCAUCCCCGGCCAGCUACACAAUCCACCUCGUCAUCCGCUUCUGCCCCGCAAGCUCCCGUUCACCACAGCCGCCCCCAGUCGCCCCAUUCGCAUUAUUCUGGGCAACCAGGGACCGACAACGGGGCCGUCCCAAGAGAUGCGCCUGGGUCGAUUCCCACCCCGCAGGAAGCGGACGUCACGCCCCCUUCUGAUCCCCUUGCUGAUUUAAAACGCCCGCGAGCCUGCGAGGCCUGUCGACAGCUCAAAGUUCGGUGCGACCCUGACCCAGGCCAUCCAGAUGGAUCCUGCAAGAGAUGUGCAAAGGCGAUGCGUCGCUGUGUGGUCACGGUGCCCACCCGCAAACGACAGAAGAAGGCAGAUAACCGUGUGGCGGAGUUGGAGAGGAAGAUUGAUGCUUUGACUGCCAGCUUGCACGCGUCGAGAGCGCAGGUUUCGGCCGGUGAUCUGCUGGCUUCACCGUUGCCUCAGACGCCGGAACAAGAGGUGCGCAGUGAGAAUUGGUCGGGGCAGUUUCCAUCGCGUGAGAACUCGUCCGCGCGAAGAAAUGGAGCGUCGCAAUCUUCUCCCAGGGCUUUUGCUGGGGCGAAGAGACACUACAGCGGGGAAUUGAAGAGGACUUUUGUGAAUCCUAUCAUCACCCCCUUAUCAGCACGACAGCAUAGCCCGUCCGAAGAUGGGCCUACUGCGCCUACUGGACGGUUGGGUCGACGUGGUGACGAAGAAUGGCCACAAUUGUGCUCGUCGCUGGAAGGUAUUACGCAAACCAAAAGCGAGAAUGAAUACAGAGAUGUCAUCGAUAGAGGAAUCAUUGACGUGGAAACUGCAACCAAGGCCUUUGAGCGGUACGUGAACAAUAUGGCUCCGUCUGCUCCGUUUAUCGUGUUUCCUCCUGGCACGCCAAUGUCGGAUGUUCGACGCACGAAGCCUGUUCUUUUCCUAUCGAUCCUAUCUGUAUCCAUCGGCCCAUUUCGCCCUCAAUUACAGGUACCAUUUCAGAAUGAAACCCACCGGAUCUUCGCCGACCGCGUUCUUGUGCGAGGGGAAAAGUCACUGGAACUGAUUCAGGCCCUCCUCGUAGCGACUAUUUGGUACCUUCCUCCUGACCAUUUCGAGGAGCUUAAGUUUUAUCAAUUCGUCCAUACCGCAGCCGUAAUGGGCGUGGACAUUGGGAUGAAUCGAAAGACAAAAGCGAACUCCAAAACUUUGGUAAUGUGGAAGGAAGUCUUUGGGAAUAAAGCCCCCAUGGUGGACCCCAAGUCGCUUGAAGCCAGAAGGGCAUGGCUGGGAUGCUAUACUAUGGCUGUUAAUGCCUCGAUGUCUUUAAGACGGCCGCUCUUCAUCCGCUGGCAAUCCUACAAUGCCGAGUCAAUCGAGAUGCUCGAGAGCGACCCAGAUGCGCUGCCGUCCGAUCAAACUAUAAUUCAAUGGGUAAAACUAGCACAUAUCGGGGAGGACAUAUGUUUUCAUUUUUCAAUGGAUGAUCCUACAAUCAGCGUAAAUAUAACCGAUCCAAAAAUUCAAUACGCCUUGAAGGGAUUUGAACGACAGCUAGAAGAUUGGCGUAGAGAAGUUCCGUCUGAUAUUUAUACCCCUGUAAUGGAACACUAUGAAAAUGUAUUAAACGUCUACAUGCACGAAAUUGGUAUGCAUGUUGACCACAACAUCGAUGACUUCAAGCCGCCAUUUAUAGGGGCUAUCGGAGAAGAGCGCCAGGUUGAUUUGGGAACCGCGGCCCAUGUCGAUGCCCUGACGCUGAUUCACCACCUGCGGGCAUGUGCCGAUACAGACGGGGGACGUCUGGGGGCAAAGUUCGCUCUGAUGAUGGCCAUGCUGAAAAGCUGGCAUAGGAGGAGCAAAGACAAGCGGCAGCCCUUGAUCGUUCCCUCCUUCUUCAAGGCGAAAGACUCGGGUGAUGCGGAUUGCGACUCCGUGAAGGAAAUCAGUGUGCAUGGCAAGCCGUCCACCGCCGCUGCACCCACGCCCUUGGAUGUUCUGAGUGAAGUAGCGACAGGCGGCCCACAAGACGCUGCAUCGGAGCUCGAAAGAAGUAGCAAAAUCCAGGCAGUUCCGAUUCCACAGCCGAAUCAAGCAAUAACCGUCCAUCCGAGCGCUGGUGCUGCGCCUGUCGAUCAAAUCCCCACUACCACGCAGGUCGCUCACGACGCGUCUACCACUGCCCCUCCCGGGGCUCUGAUAACCCCGUUCAUUAAUCAACAAAUGGGACUCUCGCAUAUCCCGCCAUCCCAGCCGCCCAUGACCACCGAAUACCAGCCAGCGUUUAGCCAGCAUCAGGCAUUUGGGCAAGUACCGGAUGCCAUGGAUGGAGUCGUUCAACAGCAAGAUCUUUGGACGCAAGGCUUCAUGCCAGAUGCAGAUCUCAAUCUUGCGCUAGCUUUCCAGGGGAAUGUUUGGGACGAUGACUUCUUUCCAUUCCCAUUCGACUUUAGCGAUAAGUCUUUUUAG